AUGCAUUUGCAUACACUCUCUCUCUCUUCUGUCUCGCUGUCCUUCUUCUUUCUCGUCUCUCCGCGUCUGACAUCACCUCAUGAUUCGGUAGUUGUCUUCAUUUGUAAUCACCUUUCAGCCGAGUGGGCCUGGCCUUUCGCCCAAGUGGAUUUCGACUUGAAGCCGAGCAGACGCUGUGACAUUUGUUGUGCAACGCCCGGCCAGUGUGUGAGCAAUCGUCUGUCGGAGGGAUUGAGAGGAGAAUCAAGAGUAUUGGGUGCACCCGCACACAGACACAGACAUACAUACACACACACACACACACACACACACACACACACACACACACACACACACAAUGACGCUAUGCGCCUACGAGGUUGUGCGAUGAAUCGAAAAUGUGAUCACUUGGACCUGUACCCUCCGAUCGAUAAGUCGAACUUGGGCGACGCUCAUGCUUCAUCCUCUUUCACAGGCGCACACCUACACACAAGCAAAUGCACACAACAUUUUCGGUGUGUCUGUCGGCUGGGAGGACAGCGCCAAACUGGCCUGAGCCUCACCGCCGGUUCGUUCGCGCCUGGCCUUGAACGAUGA